UAAAAAGAAACCAUACGAAAGAAAAUGAAAGAGAAAAAAGUGAAAAUGUAGCUCACAAUCCAAACAUUUCCAUCAUUGAUGCUUCCUUCUCUUUUACCGUCUUUAUUAAACACCAAAUCUUUGAUACCAACCAAAAAUUCACACCAAGAAAAACAAUCAAGAUCACAUUUUUCACACAAUGGCCGUGACGCCGGAGCCGUUGCCACGGACCAACGCCGUGGAUUUCAGAGCUCCUCCACCGUCUCCGGUGGCGCCGGGAAGGCAGUCGCCCUUCGCGAACGACGACGUUUUGAGUGAAUACCUCCAGCAGUCCCUCAAAGUCCCCGACCUGGUUCUUCCGGACCGGGUUUUUCCCUGCCAGAAAUCGGUCCAAAACCCGCCAAGAAUCGAUUUUGGGAAACUGGGUUCGUUUGAAAGCGAAAUGGGUUUCAAAAUAUGUGAUCUGAUUGCGCAGGUUGGGUGUUUGGAGUUGAUCAACCAUGGGAUUUCGCCGGAUUUGAUGGGGCUGGUCUUGUUUCUUGCCGGAGGCAUCUUUCAGAUCCCGCCGGAGAAGAAGAAGACGGCGGCGAGAUCGCCGGAGAGGCGAUACGGGUUCGAGGAGAUCCAUGGCGAGGAGGAGAUCAGGGAUCAGAGCGAGGAGUUUUUGUGGUGUGAUGAAACAACCAUGAAAUCGGAAAUGGAGGGAAUUUGGCCCUUUGGAUUUUCAAAUUUCAGCCAAGAAAUGAAGAAGCUGUCGAGGCAAAUGGAAGAAGUAGGUAGGAGAAUUAUGCUAUUUCUGGAGCAACAUAGUUUGAAGAAGUUUUCGGCGGAAAAUGGGUUACCGGAGGAGCAAGAAAGCGCCGGAAAAGUAUGGUGUAUAGAGAAACAUGGGCGGAAAAUGGGCGGCGAUCAUUCACUCAGAUAUGAUGUGAUAAGAAUGCUGAUAAAGGGAUCUGAAUUUUCUCAUGCAUUGAGUUUACAUUUGUGGAGUGGAACAACUGAUUUCCAUGUUUACUCCAAGAAAGGUUGGGUCUCGUUUUUUCCCGCCAGAAAUUCCAUCGUCGUCACCAUUGGAGAUAAGUUACAGGGGUGGAGUGGUGGGCAAUAUAAACAUGUUAUAGGAAGGCCAGUCUUCAAAGGUGAAAAUGAAAAGUCUAAUAUUUCAAUGGCAUUUCUAUAUUCACCUCCAAAAUUCACAAACUCAACCAAACAGGAUGACGAUUUUACCAUUUCUAUCACCCAACAAUUCAUUUUGUGUGUAUUAAUUACUUUUGUUUACCGAUUUUUAAUUUCUAUUUACCAUUUUUUUUGUAUAAAAGUUUUUAAGUAAUAUUUGGGCCCAGAGCGGCAGAGCCCAUAAAGAGUGAGCCAGAUGUAACCAUUUUUUAGUUGAUUGGGCUUUAUAGCUUCAUCAUCUUUGUUAGGCCCAGAUCAACAUUUUUUCACUUUUUUUUAAUCUUUCAGUUUUUUCUCUUUUUAAUUUUUUUUUCUCGAGUGAUUUUUCCCGAGUGAUCAUGUAUUUUGUGUAAAAAUCUAGCUAGAGAAUUAGAGUUUAAAAAAACACCACUCGUGUAUUUUGCAGAACAAUUCAUAACACAAAUCGAGUUUAUCUUUUUUGUUUUUA